CCAUUAAAUAGAGAGAUAGGUAGAGAGUAAGAGGGAGGAGACUGGAGAGAAAGAGAGAGAGAGAGAGAGAGGGGGAUGGCAUCGAAGGUGGUGAAGUACGUGUUGCAGUCGAUCAAAGAGAAAGGCCUCCGUGGCUUCUACAGAGAGCUCAAGGACGAAGGCUACGUGAAAUGCCUUUCUGAUGGGAACCUUUUGCAGACCAAGAUCCAAAAUUUAAAGGGGAAUCUUGUGGGUAUUGAUAAAUUUGGUAACAAGUAUUAUGAGAACCGUAACCUUCAGUCUGGGCGGCACAGGUGGGUGGAAUAUGCAGAGAAGGGUCGCUACAAUGCUUCUCAGGUGCCAGCAGAAUGGCAUGGUUGGCUCCAUGUCAUAACUGAUCGCACUGGAGAUGAGCUUCUGAUGCUGAAACCAAAGAGGUAUGGGUUAGAGCACAAGGAAAACUUUUCUGGAGAGGGUGAGGAGUUAAUCUAUCAUUCCAAGGGACAUGCCCUUAAUAAAGGGCAGAGAGACUGGACCAGGUACCAACCAUGGGAACCCACCAAGCCCUAAAAAGCUAUUCCUUCGACAAAAUUUCCCAGUAAAACUUGAAAAUCUUCUGGAUAUUUGUCUCCCAUUUUCACGAAUAAAUGUAUUGUACCAUUUUGAAGCUUUUGAAUUUUUGGCACAUGUUUCACUAGAAGAGAACAGUGAAUCAUUUGUCUUUUUCAUCUGAUUAAUGAAACCUAUCGUGAAAUGUUCUCUAA